AUGGCUCACGACACGCCUUCGAGAAGCGGCCUUGCGCGGUCAUACUCCCCCAACAGCCAGCCCGGCCGCUCCGACUCACUCGACGGUCGGGAUCCGGCAGUCGCGAGCCAGUACGCCGCCUUCCAGGCGGUCGACCAGCAGAUCCUCGCUCGUCGUGUGGGAUUGCCUGCGAAAGUGGAGCCGAUCCCUUUGAAGUUCGAGAAAAAGGCCGUUGUUGAGAACGGAGAGGACGGCGAGUCUGCCGAGCGGCCCGAGGCGGUCGUUGAUGCUGCGCUGGCAUCUGAGGACGGAGAGACGGAUGUGUCCUCACCCGUCGAGGACAAGACGGUGUCUGUGUCCCAUGUCAUUACUAAUGUCAUCAUCCUACAAUCCUUCUUGUUCGAGCUGGCAAGCCUGGUGCAGGUCAGGGCGGGCCUAUUUGAUGAAGUGCGCUUUGCAUAG